AUGGCCCUGCGCCAGAACAAACAGUCCUUCGCGGACUACAUCUCCGACUUUGAGAUGUUGGCCUCGGAUGCGGGAUACAAUGUGGUCGACACCACUGACGACAAGGGCGAAUACAAGAAGGGGGACCAAGACAAUAUCCUCAUCGAGUUCCUGGAGCGCGGACUCAGUAGCGAGAUUGCCAGCCGUCUCUACAACACCGGUGUCCCUCUGCCCAAGGCCUAUGGGGCGUUCAAAGCCUGGUGCAUCAACAUCGAAGCCAAUGCUCUACGUGACCAGCUAUGCAAGGCAUCCUACGGACAUCCCACGCCACGACCACCUCCCCCGUUCCGCCCACAGGCUGCUCCAACAAUGCCUACACCCGCACCGGCCCGACCCGCUGCCAACAAACCAGUUCCGAUGGAAAUUGAUCGCACCCACGCCCGCGGCCGCAAUAUCAUCUGCUACAACUGUCAGCAGCCUGGGCACAUUGCGCGGAACUGUCCGGAGCCAAGGAAGAAGCGCACGUUCUUCAAUAGGGCCACAAUGCUAGAAGAGAUCGAGAACGGGGACAAGGACAAUGAGUUCCUCAAGGAGAUUGCCGAGAAGCUGCGUGAGAAGGGUUUUUGA